AUGGCGGCAGCAGACGUUGCUCCCCAGUUUGGGGCGGAGCUAAAGGAUAAUUUCAAGCCAGUCAACGCUUGGGUGUCGAACGGCAUUUCCUGGCUGGACGAGAUCCAACAAUUCUACCGCGAGCGAAGCGCCAUCGAGAAGGAAUACUCCGCGAAGUUGACGGCUCUCUGCAAAAAGUACUAUGAUCGCAAAUCGAAGAAGAUCAGUCCGCUGAGCGUCGGCGACACACCCACCUUGACUCCGGGAUCUCUCGAGAGUGCCUCUUUGACAACCUGGACACAUCAAUUGAACGCGGUGGAAUCGCAUGCAGCGGAACGAGACAAGUAUGCGACGGACCUGGUUGCCCAGGUGGCAGAGCCACUGAAACAGGCGGCCAUUCAGUACGAGGAGAUCCGCAAGUGCCACGUCGAAUACCACGUCAAACUCGAGAAGGAGCGUGAUGCGUCAUAUGGGGAAUUAAAGAAGGCGAAGGGCAAAUAUGAUGGGUCUUGCCAGGAGGUCGAGUCCCGACGGAAGAAGAUGGAGUCCGCCUUUGACCAUGGCAAAUCCAAGGCGCAGACUGCAUACCAACAACAGAUUUUGGAAAUGAACAACUACAAGGAAAGUUCAUGGCGAUCAUUUUGCUUGGAGAAUCUCUACCUCAUUAGCAUCAAUGUGACGAAUAAGCAGAAGGAACGGUUCUUCCAUGAAUAUGUUCCAGAAAUAUUGAAUGGCUUGCAAGACCUCAACGAAACUCGAGUCAGCCGACUAAACGCACUGUGGACUCUUGCUGGACAACUGGAGAAAUCUUCCCUCACAAACAGCGUCAAUCAUAUGACCAACCUUCUGAAUGAGAUUCCUCGCAAUGACCCCCGCUUGGACUCGAUGAUGUUCCUGCAGCAUAACGUCACCCAGUCCCAAGAACCUGGCGACAUGGGCUUUGAGCCCAGCCCUGUAUGGCACGACGAUGCUUCCAUCAUAACUGACGAGGCUGCCAAGGUGUUCCUUCGAAAUGUGCUUGGAAAGAGCAAAGCCUCGGUGCGUGAGCUUCGGGUUGAGGCAGAUAAGAAGAAGCGUGAGGUGGAGAGUAUCCGAAAGAUUCGGGAUAAUAUUCAACAGGGCAAGGACAACCGCAGCGAAGUGGAUACCGUGCGAUCAAUCUUCUACCUGCAAGAGGCUCUGCAUGAAGUGGAACGCAAAUGGCUCACAGCGGAGGUCGAAACCUCGACCAUUAUAUCCGUCGCAGGCGACUUAUCUAUGGGAGCGAAGAACCAUAACUUCCGAUCUCAAACAUUCAAAAUCCCCACGAACUGUGAUCUAUGCGGGGAGCGGAUCUGGGGUCUAUCCGCCAAGGGCUUUGACUGCCGCGAUUGCGGGUACACCUGUCACAGCAAGUGCCAGAUGAAGGUUCCGGCAGAAUGUCCCGGCGAGCAGUCCAAGGAGGACAAGAAGAAACUCAAGCUUGAACGUCAAGAACAGGCCGGCGCUGUUCCUGCCGUCGAUCUCGAGUCCUCUGCGCAGUCAACGGCUGCGCCAUCUCUCACCCGUCAAAACACGAUGAACUCCCUGAGUUCAGGCUACGCCGCCAGUACAGCACGAUCGGUAUCGGUGUCUAAUGUUGCGGCUCAAGCUACUCCUGAGAACCCGGCUGAGACGGACCCAGAACCCGUCGCGGAGACCAAGCCGACUGCAGCGAAGAGAAGCCAUCGUGUGUUGGCGCCGCCUCCAACGGCCUACAUGAGCGCACCGCCCGUGAGCGAGACCGCCGCUUCCAAAUCGAAGGACCCGAAGGGCAGGAUGAUGUACCCAUACCAGGCCACCGGCGCCGAUGAGGUGACUGUUCAAGACGGAGACGAGGUGGCAAUCGUCGACCCGGAUGAUGGCUCUGGUUGGAUGCGUGUCCGAAUUGGCUCCCAAGAAGGCCUUGUCCCAGCCUCCUACGUCGAAGCCGCCCCUACCCCAUCCCCCGUACCCUCAGCUAGUCCCGGACUUCCCGAAAGACCUGGAUCAACUUAUUCAAACUCAUCGGCCUCCAUUGCGGGUAGUGCCGCGCCCAAACGCGUCGGGCCGGCGGUAGCGCCCCGCAGAGGCGCCAAGAAAUUGCAGUAUGUCGAAGCUAUGUACGACUACGAAGCUCGGAGCGACAUGGAAUGGACAAUGGCUGAGGGUGACCGCUUUGUGUUGAUCACUAAGGACAGCGGCGAUGGCUGGGCGGAUGUUGAACGUGGUGGUGUCACCAAGAGCGUUCCGGCGAACUACAUUCAGCAGGUUUAG